AUGUCGCAAUAUCCGAACGGCCACCCCAGCGCGCCCUCGGCGCCGGGUCGCUACGACGAGUACAGAUCUCACCAUAACCCCACCCAACCGCCACAGAGCCAACGCCAGCCGCGCCGAGUGCCCAGUUAUUGCGCCGGAGAUGAUUCACAACAGUACUUCAAUUCCCACAAUGAGACAGCGGUCCAAGGGAACGGGCAAUACGCGGUACAAAGUGGUCCUGGUUAUGUUGGCAGUGUCGGGCAAGGGAGCUACAAUGCUCACGGCGUGUACGACGAUGAGAUAGACUCGCGUUAUUCGCGCACCUCCUCCGAGAACACCUCUCUUAUGUCGCCCACUCGCGCUACGUCCCAGACCUCGACCAUGUCCAACUAUCAGCACCAAUACUCGUCCGGCCCGCCCACGGGCCAGCCUUCCUACAAUCCGCAGCAGUAUGCCCUUCCACAAACGCAAGCACAACACAGUCUGGGAUAUAAUCCAAUGGCUUAUACCAACCCGAUUUCUACGCCGGUUUCCACCCAUCAGCCCUACAAUCCCGCGGCAUAUCAGCCCACUGCAGCGCCAGACAUGGGGGCUUCCAGUAUUGCACGACGGCCAAGUGCAGCUUCGCCAUAUGGGCAACCCCCUCCCACUCCUCAGACCUAUGGAUAUUCCUCUCAGCCGCCACCGGUGCCUCCUCGAGGCGCAGACCAUCCAUACGGGAGCCGUCCGUCGACGUAUGGAUUGUCCACCUCAAGUCAGCCACCCGCGACAACAAUCCCAGUCACAUACCAAAGUGCCUCAUCGCCGAACGCCCCAACGUACUUUCCCGCUAGCUCACCGUUGGGGGUUGACGUGCCGGCGCCCUCGUCACGCCCUUACCAUUCCUCAUCACAGGGGUCUGGAUAUGCCUCUCAUGGACUCAAUGCUUCGUACGACGAUCGGCCUCCGGAGCCACCUAUGCACCAGACUCAUACGAAUGGUCUUUAUAGCCGCCCCAGCGUGUCUGGACGGACUCUACCAGACCUGCCAGUGCAGUCGGGCCCGUCACCAGUGCCACCGCGACGAACAGACACUUUGACUCGCCACCCUCAGGCACGACCUCUGCCCGGACCGCCACCCGAUGCGGACAGCGACGGCGAAGAUUUUGCCUCGUUCCGAUAUGAGGAAUUGAUGAAGGAGGUGGAGGCAGCAGUGAUGGAUCCCCAGGGUAGUUUUGCUAGGCGGCACAGUUCAAGAACAUCACAUGGUUCAGAUGUACGCCUCGCACCUGAUGAGCAGCAUACACACACAAAUGGCAGCGUGGCUACAGGGACUGGCCAUGAAAUCAAUUACGGUGCGUACAGUGAUGAGAGCGAUGCCGAAGCGGAAGCAGGCCUGGCCAUGUUGCGAAUGGCCGAGGAAGAGGAUAAAGCUCGCGAAGAACGCAUCCUCCAACGGCGGGCGACAAAUGCUUCCAUACUCAGCUCUGGCGGUUCCUACAUGUCAAACAGAGGACCUUCGCCGCAUUCUGAUCCGAACGAAGAUAGCGAUUAUGUCGCCCAAGACCUGGCACUUUACGAAGGAGGAUACGCGGGCAACAUGCACUACGGCGAGGACAAUACCUUCAGUCCGGAGGAACACAUCGACACUGCUUUUGGCGACAGGCUCAAUGCCAGAUCUGGCUCACUCAGGAGUACCAAUCUCUCUCCCGACGAACGGGCAGGAUACCUCGAUGAUUAUGAGCAUCCACGAAUCGCAUACGACUAUGCCCAGCGCCUACACCAUCUUCCCCCGGAUGCUAGGGUUGAUGCCGGAGGAACAGGGGGUCUGUCAGCACCUAAUGCGUUCAGCCGGCGGAUGAGUUUCGAUUAUGGCGAAGAGGGAGACAGCCCUUACGAGCAACACCAUGACGCGGAUCUCUCCGGCGACGAAGGCUCUUACGGGCCCGCACACGAAGACUUGUUCUUCCACCCCGGGAUGCGGCCGCUGCCACCGGCACCCGUUGAACCGUCCAAUACUGACCUUGUUUCACACCUCAUGCCUGCGGGGACAUAUCGACCUCCGGAGACGGGUGACUUGCACAUUUAUACACAGUAUAGAGACCCACCGAUCUCUGCAGGCUCCAGCGGGGAGACCAUCACCAGUCCCUCCCAAGUGCCGCGGUCGUCGUCUAUGUCCACGCCCAUUGGCCCUCGUGCCGAUGCACCCAUCAGGUCAAAAACCGACGCCGACCGUAUCAAAUACAAACAACAGCAGGCCUUCCUUCAACAUCUCCAAAACAAAGACCUCCCCAAAAUCGGUCCGUCCGAGGCUGCUGCGGCUAUCACUCUCGAUUUGCCUGCCAUUCCUUCGGUGCGGCGCAAGAGGUUCAACCCAGCGAAACUGUCCUCUGAGCAGUUCAAGAAAUGCACUGAACCGUGGGCUCUCAGCUCUAUCCUGUCGUGGAUUCAAGAUUUGAGCAAGGACGAAACCGAUCUCAAGGAGCAGGCGAUCACCGACGCAAUUGUGGCGCUUUUUACCCACAAGGUUCCGACUAUGAACAUUGCUGAUGCUGAGACGCUUGCCGCUCGCGUUACCCGCACUAUGCUCCGAGAAGAAGCAUUGGUCAAAGAGGAAGAAUGGGUUAAGUUCGGCUCCGGUGGUCUGUCGGGUGUUCUCUUCCAAAUCACGGGAACUGGGUGUUACUCGUCGAAGCUUCACGACCAGGAAAUGCACAUCCAGGAUACGGACAGCUUUGGACGGUGCUAUGCUCAUCACUGUAUGAGGACCUUGAAGAAAGUCAAUCUGAAAGCGCAGAUGAUGGCACCGCAGAAGAAGGUGGAAGACUGGGUGACAUUCUACAAAGUGUCCAAGGAGGCAUUAGAGUCCCAUUCGAAGAAAGAGAUCGAUCGACAGAACAACUUGCAUGAGAUUGUGACCACCGAAGAUGCGUAUAUUGGCCAGCUGGAUGUUCUGCGAGAGCUGUAUCGGGAUCAAUUAGGAAACAUGAGCCCUUCCAUCAUUCCGGCCAAACGAUUGAGCAAAUUUCUGGAUGAUGUCUUCGGCAAGGUGGACUCAGUGAAGAAGGUCAACGAGGAUUUCCUGCUGGCGCAGCUCAAAUACCGUCAAAAGGAACAGGGUCCUUUCAUUGUCGGAUUCAGCGAUAUCUUCAGAGAGUGGAUCCGCAAGGCUAAGAAUGCCUACAUCGACUACGCCGCCACUUUCCCAACUGCAAACUACCUUGUCCGCAAGGAGGCCGAACGAAACGUCAAUUUCAAGCAGUUCUUGAAUCAAGUACGCGAACACAAGUUGUCGGGCCGUCUCAGCUGGGACACAUUCCUCAAAGCUCCGAUCACCCGCAUUCAACGGUAUACGCUUCUGCUUGCCACGGUCCACAAGAAUAUGCCCAAAGACUCUGAAGAAAAGACCAACCUGGCGCAGGCCAUUGAGGAGAUCAAAGUCGUUGCGUUGGAGUGUGACAACAAAGUGGGCGAGAUGAACAAGAAAGCCGACCUGAUGGAGCUCGCUGCCAAAUUGCAGCUGCGUCCGGAGAUGCAGAAAGAAGUCGAGCUUAACCUGGAGCAUCUGGGGCGCCAAAUUAUCUACCGUGGUGACCUGCAGCGUCCAGGUACUCGCACCAGGUUCCUUGUCGACACUCACGCUAUCCUCUUUGACCAUUACUUGGUGCUCGCCAAAUCAUUCAGCACGCGCGAUUCAGCACGGACGGCCAAGUACGAGCGAUACGACGUGUCCAAGCUACCUGUUCCAAUGGAUCUGUUGGUUCUCGAAAGUACAAACGAUGAUCCCGUUGUCAAAUCCUCUGUGCGGGGCGUUUCAACUGUGACACCCUCCCAAGGCGUCGUGGCUCCCAUGGGACAAGCGGGCAACGGAGUUUCCCCGGGCGCUCCAUCAUCUGGCAAAACCCUCGUGCCUACCACAUCGCUCGAAAGCUCCAAGGAUGACAAGAUCCUCUACCCAUUCAAAAUCAAGCACCUGGGGAAGAACGGAACGUACACCCUCUACGCUUUUUCGGCGCAGAGUCGCAAAGACUGGUGCGAGAGGAUCAUUGAAGCGAAGACGAAACAUGCUGCUGCUCUCUUUUCUCAGAAUGCAGAGCCAUUCCGGCUUCGUGUGCUUGCAGACACUGCGUUCGCCUAUUCCGAUGCCUCGGCUGGCUCUAAGAGCGUCACGAUCAAGGGAACACCUCUGUACCGCGCGAUCCAGGAGGUUGAAAAGCGAUAUGAGAGCUCGAAAUCGCGUCCACCUCCAGUGUGUAGGACCGCGGUCAACUGCGCAACAGUCUUCCAACAGCCCCCUGGUCGAAUCAUGUAUGGGGUCGGGACGGACAAUGGCGUCUAUCUGGCGGAGCAUAACAACCCGCGCGGUUGGUAUCGGGCUAUUCCCAUUAUGCGGGUCACUCAAAUUGCCGUGUUUGAGGAAUUUAAUCUCUUCCUGCUCAUUGCAGACCGGUCUUUGAUUGCCUACCACCUUGAUGUGGUGUGUCCAGUCAGCGGCACUCCAUCUCAGUCGCAAGACUCAGCUCGACGAGCUCCGCAGAAGUUAUCUGGGAACCGCGAAGUGGGCUUCUUCGCAGCAGGACGCAUGAAUGAUCGGUAUUUGGUCUUGUACAAGAAGCGAGACGGACUCUCGUCCACCUUCAAGGUCCUUGAACCCAUCCUCCAAAAAUCAUCCAGCAACAAAUCCAAACUUUUCCAAUCCCGCCGCUCCCAAACCGAGUUCUUCCGCGAGUACGACGAGUUCUACAUCCCCGCCGAAAGCUACCACAUCAACAUGUUCCACUCCUCGCUCGCCAUCUCCACUCACCGCGGCAUCGAGGUUCUCACCCUCGACAAGAAACAGUCAUGGUCCGUCCCAGACUUCCGCUCCGAAACCCCCGACGCCCACGAUACCCUCCACGGGAUAGCCAACCGCAUCAAAGACCUCCGCCCGCUGGGCAUGUUCCGCCUCAGCGACAGCGAGUUCCUAGUCGCCUACCAAGAAUGCGCCGUGUACGUCAACAAGCACGGCGACGUCUCGCGCAGCGUGGUCAUGGAGUUCGUCGGCAGCGCCCACUCUGCGUGUUUGUACGGCAAAUUCCUGAUUCUGUUCAAUGACGACUUCGUCGAGGUCCGCAAUGCCAUGAACGGUCGUCUGAGACAGGUUAUCGCCGGCCACAGCGUCACGUGUCUCGACGAUGGCAGUAAACUGCCCGGCUCCCUUGCGAAUCAUGUCCAGGCUAGCCAGGCGCUUGCCAGCCCCGGCAGUGCUAUCAGUCUGGCGAGUGGGCUGAGUGCGAAUGGAGUGUUUGGCGGGUUGCCCGGUCACACGGUCAAGAUUUGCAUGCAGCAUCCGCAGUAUGAGCGCAGCCAGAUUGUUUUGGAGCUGGUGGAGAAUGAGGGACAGAAGGAUUAA